GACAGAGGGCCGCUGUCCGAGCGGCAGAGCCGAGCUGGGGCCGCAGCGGUGGCGCCCGGGGACGCGGCGAGGGGAGCCGGGAGCAGGGGACAGCUCCGGUAGAUGGCACACGGGGCCAGCGCUCCGAAACCCGACACUGCCAGACAGACAGACACUCCCUGAGAGCCAGGGGCCGAGCAGGAACCAGGAAAUACGAGCUCAGCCUGCCCAGAGAGCGCUCGGGCUCGGCGGGGAAGGAGGGAGCGGCAUGGGCAACCUGUGCGGCUGCGGGAAGUGUCCUUCACCUUUCAAAAGAAAGAAAGAAAAGCAAGGAGCGAACGUGAGGCAUGAGGCUCAACAGCAGCAGCCCGGCAGGAAGGCUGUCCCAUCCCCGGUCCCCACGUACGAGGACGUCCCCGAUGUCCCUGUCUACGCCACGGUGAGCCCGCCCAGGGCUGUGCAGCAGGAGGAGAGCAUCCACUACGCCGACAUCCAGGUGUUCUCCAGGGCACGGCAGCGCUCGGCCGCCGAGCUGAGGAGCCAGCACAGCGCCACCGAGUACGCCACCCUCAACUUCCCCAGGGCCCGGCUCAAGUACGACAGCAAAAACGGGACCUUGGUGUGACAGCCCCCGUGGCCUGGUGCUCCUCCUUCAGCAGGAAAAGGAGCUCACGGCUGGAGGCGCGAGGAAACCUCGCGGAUGUCCCGAGAGCUGGGAGAGGUGCGCGUCCCACCUGGGAUCUUCUCGCCGGGGAGCUUCCCGUCCGGUUCUGCUGGCCAAGAACGCCUCCUCCCCUCGGGAGAGCUGCCCUGGAGCUGGCAGCCGGCUCCUGCCAGCCCUGCCAGGUGGCAGAGCUGCUGCCGGGCUGGGGAAGGCUCGGGGAUGCGGGCAGAAAAUCCCUGCUGUGGCACAGCUCCAGCCUGACAUUAGGGAACUCAGCACUAAAGGGAGGUUCGGGUGCUGCCUUUGGGAAUUGAGGAAUUCAGGAACUCAGCACUAAAGGGAGCUUCGGGUGCUGCCUUUGGGGAGU